AUGGAGGCGGCGAUGGUGGUGGAGGACGCCACGACGAGUUUGGCGGCGCCGUCAUGGUCGUCCUUCCGGCGUUCAUGGGGCGGGGGAUCAGGCUACCUCGUGUGGGAGGACCUGACGGCUGUGCUUCCUAGCUACAGCAAUGACCGCCCGGUGAAGAAGCUGAUCCAGGGGCUCAGUGGAUACGCCGUGCCGGGCCGUAUCCUUGCCAUCAUGGGUCCGUCAGGCUCCGGCAAGUCCACCCUGCUCGACUCCCUCGCAGGUAAGGACGAUCCUCAGUGCCGAUCAUACCGUGUAAGGAUUCGCUAAUUGUGGGAGUCAAUCACAGGGAGGUUGGGGAGGAACAUCGUGCUAACAGGGAAUGUCCUCUUGAACGGCCGCAAAAGGAGGCUCGACUACGGAGUCGUGGUGAGGAUCCUCUCUCUCUCUCUCUCUCUCAAGCACGCUGGUUUUCUCAUACGAUCGCACGCUGAGCUGCCUUUAAUUUGAGCGAGAUCAGGCGUACGUGACACAAGAGAACACGUUCCUCGGCACGCUGACGGUCCGGGAAACGGUGGCAUACUCGGCGCGGCUGCGGGUGCCAGGAAAAGAAGUGACGACGGUGGUAGAGAGCACGCUGGAAGAGAUGGGCCUGGUGGAGUGCGCCGACCGUCCCAUCGGCAAUUGGCACCUACGGGGGAUCAGCGGCGGGGAGAAGAAGCGUCUGGCCAUCGCACUGGAAAUACUCACACGCCCCCCGCUUAUCUUCCUCGACGAACCCACCAGCGGCCUCGACAGCGCAUCAGCGUUCUUCGUCGCGCUGACCCUCCGCCAGAUGGCGCGUGAGGGCCGCACCGUGGUGGCGUCCAUCCACCAGCCCAGCAGCGAGGUCUUCGCCCUCUUCGACGACCUCUGCCUCCUCUCCGGCGGUGAAGCCGUCUACUUCGGCGACGCAAAACUGUCCACAGAGGUAAGCCCAAUGCACCUAAUUGAAAUUAUAGCUAUUACUUGAUAUCUUUUACUAGUACCCCAUGAAUCCCGUGAUUCAGUCAUCCAAUUUAAUUGCCUCCAGUUGUGUGGCUGCCCAUAUUAUGGGGCAGAACUUCAUCGAGAUUUAUCUUGCGCCAUGGUGGCGGGGAUAGAUCCAGUAUCGCCGACGGGCGCAAUUAAGAGCUCGUCUUCAACCUCUGGUCUCCUCACGCCUCAAAUUCAAGGCGGGGUAGCUGGUUUAGAUCAUUAAAUGCCCGAUAACAACAUGCGGUUCAAGUUGGAGUGCCCCUCCCACAGUGGCUUUGACUAGUUUCUUCCUUUAGAAGUCGUACUCCAUUAAUCCUCGUCGUCCACACCUUUUUUUUCCUGGAUUGCUUGUUUCUUGAUCCUCCAUCUGGUCUUCAUCUGCCUAUUUAAGCACGUUGCUGUCACAGCGCUGGGUCGGCCCUUGGGUGUUCCUGUCGUUUGGGCCCCCGCCCGGUGGCGUCGGUGACCACGACACUCGGAUCCGAUCGCUUCGACUGGAUUACCUUGUGUCUCGUUUUGGACCAAACAUAGAUUUGAACAGAGGAUAAAAGGAAUUGACUUAACGCACUGAAGAGAACGACUGUUAGAUGAACAAAUGAAUACACUGGAAUCGGCCGAUAUAGAUCUCAUCGAGUUGAUCUUCGUCAACUCCGACCUAGACCCACUGGUUCCUAUUCACUUUCUCGAUUAUAAAGCCGGUGGACCAUCGUGAUCUUGAUGCAUCUGGAUUGUAGUUGGCCGAUCUUUAAGUCUGCAGUAUGUAAUGCGCAUUUCACAGAUAUACAAAUUUAGUUUUCGCUCCGUAUAUAACCUACUAUAAAUAAUAUGUAGUCGACCCUUUUGGCAAAUUUCCCCAGUUAGCUUUUUGGCCAUAUUUGGCGUGUCUAGAUAUACAUAUUGAUAUUAUCUGCAUAUUAGAUAUAACAUAAGAAUGCCACUUUAAACGAUAUUAUUUUCUGUAUUAUUUAUUUUCAAAUUUUCGUAUCAAAAUAUGAAAUUUUGAGAUGUGGGCUGACCUAAUUGAGCACAAAGAUUGUUGGGCUAUUAUGAAAUAUAAUAAUAUAUGAUUCCCAGAGUUUUUAUCCAUUUUCGCAUCCAGGAAAGAUAAUUCUCUCUUUUCCGUAUCUAUAAUACCAACCCAAGAAAGGAAAAUGAAAUUAACCAUGGCUAAUUGGAAGCUUAGUAAGCCAUGAGAUCAUAUUUUUCUAAAAGCACUAACACUCGUAUUCAUCUGGGAUGUACUUCGAUGUGUUGCACCAACAUGAUCAAAACCACAGUUUUUCGCCCAUGUGGGAUUCCGAUGCCCCAGCAGGCGGAACCCGUCAGAUCACUUUCUCCGCUGCAUCAACUCCGACUUUGACCACGUCAACGCCACACUUAGAGGCUCCCUUAAAAUCCGCAAUAAGGUAUUUAUAUCUUGUUUUCUUUAGUAUUUUUCGCGCAUUUAUUCCACUGUGGUACAAAGCAUCUCUCUCUCUCUCUCUCUCUCUCUCCCCCCGCUAACUUGCUCUCUUUCUUGCAUUGUGAAGGGGGUGGGCGUGUCCUCAGAUCCUCUAAUGAACAUGAGCACCUCCGACAUCAAGACAAUGCUCAUUAACAGAUACAAGACAUCCGAAUAUGCCACCAUUGUCCGAGAACGCAUCGAAGAAAUCUCCGCGAUAGUAAACACCCUAAUUUUCCUAAACUUGACAGCGAUGAACUUCGAACUUAACCCUACUUAUCCUAUAGGGUUGGACUAAUUUAGCUGUGGCAUUGUCUGAUUACAGGAAGGCCUACCGGUGGAACCCGUAAGAGGGAGCCAUGCCGGCUGGUGGAAGCAGCUCUCAACCUUAACAAGAAGAUCGACCGUCAACAUGCUUAGAGAUAUCGGCUACUACUGGGUGAGAAUCGUCGUCUAUAUCAUUGUCUCCAUCUGCGUAGGAACCAUCUUCUACGACGUGGGCUCGAGCUACACGUCUAUACUGGCUAGAGCCUCGUGCGGCGGGUUCAUCUCCGGCUUCAUGACCUUCAUGUCCAUCGGAGGCUUCCCUUCCUUCGUAGAGGAGAUAAAAGUCUUCUACUACGAGAGGCUCAAUGGGCAUUACGGCGUCUCUGUCUACAUCCUUUCGAACUAUCUCUCGUCGUUCCCCUUCCUGUUCGUCAUGUGCCUCUGUACAGGGUCCAUCACCUACAACAUGGCUAAGUUCCGGCCAGGUUUCAUUUACUGGGCCUACUCAACCCUAGUCCUUUUUGCUAGCAUUGCCUCGAUUGAGAGCCUUAUGAUGAUCAUAGCGGCACUUGUGCCCAACUUCCUGAUGGGCAUCAUAACGGGAGCCGGCGUCAUGGUACGGAGCAUCUUCUUUUCUAUUGUCAUUUGCUGAAGAAUUUUAUCAUUAUAACAACAUUCAUCUUCGUAAUUUGCGGGAUUUCUCAGGGUAUUAUGAUGAUGACGUCUGGGUUCUUCCGGCUGCUGCGUGAUCUUCCCAAGCCUAUUUGGCGAUAUCCUAUUUCCUACAUCAGCUAUGGAUCUUGGGCCAUGCAGGUAUGCCCAUUGCCUUUGAUUCAAUACUUGUGUUACACAGGUCUAGUGAGAGAUGGAUCAGUAUGUUGGACAAAAUAGGUCUUUUAAGUACUCACUUGGAUGUACCAGCGUAUCAUGUAGUCAUGUAGUUAUAAUUUCGAUUUUCUAGGUGAAGAUAAGCUGUCGGUUUAAUUACAUGGUCCACUUUACAUUGUACUUCAUAGUAUACCGAUAAGUUACCAAUAACCCAUCUGGAACAUCUCGUAACACCAAGAAGUAGGUAGAUACGGGUAACAUUGCAUUGCAUGUUAACUCCAUAUUUUUUCUGGGAAUAAAAUUUAAUGUCGGAUCCAAAGAUAAAUAUUAUUUUCUCUAGGUUAUGGACCUCAUGUUUACCGGAAAACCUAUGCUGAUUUCACAGGGAAGCUACAAGAACGACUUGCUUGGACUAGAAUUUGAUUCCUUCGAUCCCAGACAGGGCAAAAUGACCGGCGCAGAAGCUCUUGAGACCAUGUACGGGAUAAGUCUGAAACACUCGAAAUGGUGGGAUCUUGUGGCAAUCUUCGUCCUGAUUUUCGCAUACCGUAUUACGUUCUUCCUUGUGGUGAAGUUUAAGGAGAGAGCUUCACCUCUGUUUCGGAAAGUUUAUUCGACGAUAGCUCUCUAUCGAAUGAAGCGAAGAUCGUCAUUCACUACGAAGAGCUCAUUGGUCACCUCUAGUUAA